AAGGUCCAACAGAUGGCAGAAAACGGUUUCUAUGGUCCUGCUCUACUUCCACGAAGGACGAGCAGUUUGUCAAGCACUUUUAUCUUCCUGAUCACUUAGAAGUUACUUUCUCUUCUUCUGAGAAGGAAACACGUUGAAUUUGGACACAUAUCAAGAUGCCCUGAAGAACAGCACAACCCUUUGGGGAAUAGCCUUUUAAACAUCAUGACCAAAGACAAAGAAUCUAUCACCAGAAGCUUUUGCUUUGUGUACAUUUUGACCUUAAUAGUUGGAACCAUAAUCCAGUUCUCUGAUGAAAGUGAAUUUGCAGUAGACAUGUCAAAAAUGAAACUUACGCAUGUUCCAAAAGACCUGUCACCAAAAACCAAAGUCUUAGAUAUAUCUCAAAACUACAUAUCUAAGCUUCACAUCUCUGACAUUAGCUAUCUCUUAGGGCUGGAAGUUUUGAUACUUUCCUAUAAUAGACUCCAGUGCCUCGAUUUUAGCAUUUUCAAGUUCAACCAGGAUUUGGAAUAUUUGGAUUUAUCUCACAAUCAGUUGCAGAAGACCUCUUGCCACCUUAUCAGGAGUCUCAAGCAUUUAGACCUCUCAUUCAAUGACUUUGAUGUCCUGCCCAUCUGUAAGGAAUUUGGCAACUUGACGCAACUGAAUUUCUUAGGAUUAAGUGGUACAAGGUUACGACAAUUAGAUCUGCUACCAAUUGCUCAUUUGCAUCUAAGUCACAUCCUUCUGGAUUUAGAAGGUUAUUAUGCAAAAGAAAGUGAAACAGAAAGUCUUCAAAUUCUGAAUACAAAAACACUUCACCUUGUUUUUCACCCAAAUCAGUUAUUCUCUGUCCAAGUGAACAUAUCAGUUAACAGUUUAAGGUGCUUACAACUGACUAAUAUUAAAUUGAAUAACGACAACUGUCAAAUUCUAAUUAAAUUUUUAUCAGAACUCAUUAGAGGCCCAACUUUACUGAAUUUUACUCUCAAACAUGUGGAAACAACUUGGAAAUGCCUGGUUAGGGUUUUUCAAUUUCUUUGGCCCAAACCUGUAGAAUAUCUCAAUAUUUACAAUUUAAUAAUAGUUGAAAGCAUUGAUGAAGAAGAUUUUACUUAUUCUAAAACAGCACUGAAAGCAUUGAAAAUAGAGCAUGUUAGAGUUUUUAUUUAUUCACAGACGGUGUUAUAUACAUUUUUUUCUGAGAUGAACAUUAUGAUGUUAACCCUAUCAGAUUCACCUUUUAUACACAUGCUUUGUCCUCAGACAUCAAGCACAUUUAAAUUUUUGAACUUUACCCAGAAUGUUUUCACAGACAGUGUAUUUCAAAACUGUUCCAAACUAGUUAGAUUGGAAACCCUUAUCUUACGAAAGAAUAAAUUAAAAGGCCUUUACAAUAUAGGUCUCAUGACUAAGCAUAUGACAUCUUUGGAAAUAUUGGAUGUUAGUUGGAAUUCUUUGGAAUAUGAUAGACAUGAUGCAAAUUGCACUUGGGGUGGGAGUAUAGUGGUGUUAAAUUUGUCUUCAAAUAUACUUACUGACUCUGUUUUCAGAUGUUUACCUCCUAAGGUCAAGGUACUUGAUCUUUAUGAUAACCGAAUAAGGAGCAUUCCUAAACUAAUCAUGAAACUAGAAGCUUUGCAAGAACUCAAUGUUGCCUCCAAUUCCUUAGCCCACCUUCCUGACUGUGGAGCUUUUAGCAGCCUUUCUGUACUGAUCAUUGACCAUAAUUCAAUUUCCAACCCAUCAGCUGAUUUCUUCCACAGCUGCCAGAAGAUUAGGUCCAUAAGAGCAGGAAACAAUCCAUUCCAAUGCACCUGUGAGCUAAGAGAAUUUAUCCAGAAUAUAGGCCAAGUAUCAAGUGAAGUGGUAGAGGGUUGGCCUGAUUCUUAUAAGUGUGACAAUCCAGAAAGUUAUAAGGGAACCCCACUAAAGGACUUUCAUGUGUCUCAGUUAUCCUGCAACACAGCUCUGCUGCUUGUCACCAUUGGGGUCACUGUGCUGGUGUUGACUGUUACUGUGACUGCCCUCUGUAUGUACUUUGAUCUGCCCUGGUAUCUCAGGAUGGUGUGUCAGUGGACCCAGACCCGGCACAGGGCAAGGAACCUACCCUUAGAAGAACUCCAAAGAACCCUUCAGUUCCAUGCUUUUAUUUCAUACAGUGAACACGAUUCUGCCUGGGUGAAGAAUGAACUGGUACCUUACCUAGAAAAAGAAGACCUAAGGAUUUGUCUCCAUGAGAGAAACUUUGUUCCUGGCAAGAGCAUUGUGGAGAAUAUCAUCAACUGCAUUGAGAAAAGUUACAAGUCCAUCUUUGUUUUGUCUCCCAACUUUGUUCAGAGUGAAUGGUGUCAUUAUGAACUCUACUUUGCUCAUCACAAUCUCUUUCAUGAAGGAUCUAAUAAUUUAAUCCUGAUCUUGCUGGAACCCAUUCCACAGAACUGCAUUCCCAGCAAGUAUCACAAGCUGAAGGCUCUCAUGACACAGCGGACUUACUUGGAAUGGCCCAAGGAGAAGAGCAAACAUGGACUUUUUUGGGCUAAUAUUAGAGCUGCUUUUAAUAUGAAGUUGACAUUAAUUGCUGAAAACAAUAAUGCAGAAACAUAAAAAAUCAGGAAAUUCAAUUUAAGAAACCAUCAUUAACUUGGAUUCUGAUGAACAUGAUGAUUUUAAGUUUCUGUCUAGAUGAUACCUCUAUUAUAUCUACACAUUCUGGAAGACUAAAUGAAAACUAGGUUUUAACGAAGCUGAGGACCAAGGCUGGAGGCUGAGGUGGUGCUCAAACUUGCCUAUUACAGGUAGCUCAGUCUCUUCUGGUUCAACCAUUCAGUUUUGAGUGGAAACACACAAGUAAAUGGUCAUUCAAGGACCUUUCCUCUCCCUUCUCCUUUCCCAAAGAGAGUCUGUGUGAGCAGGAGUUUAUGGGACUUUAUGGCAGCAAGGAAAGUCAAACUCAGAAGUGUACCCAAUGGCCCUUGGAGUGUCCUAUGGAGCCUCAUUGAACUCGGGUGAGCUUUGUCAUCCUGUUCAACUUUGGAGCUUGGGAAAAAAUUAGACCAUUUAUGGAAAAUAAAGAAUUUUUGUUCA